AUGGCCUCUGUGCCAAUAAUUCCAGACUCUUACAACCAUGUGUUGGCGGAGUUUGAAUGUUUGGAUCCGUUGCUUUCUGCGCUCAGGCUGGAUUCUAGUCGUCUGAAGUGCACGUGUAUAGCUGUGUCAAAGAGAUGGCUAGCUCUAGGCAGUUCAGGAGGAGGACUGAACCUUAUACAGAAGGAUGGUUGGAAGCAAAGACUCUUUCUCACUCAUAAGGAAGGUGCUGUUUCCCGGGUUGCCUGUUGUUUACAUGAUGAAGACUAUGUUGCUGUUGCCACCAGCCAAGGUCUUGUAGUAGUCUGGGAGCUGAAUCAGGAACGUCGUGGGAAGCCAGAACGGAUUUAUGUUUCCUCUGAGCAUAAGGGCAGAAAAGUCACAGCUCUGUGUUGGGAUACAGUUGCCCUCCGUGUUUUUGUAGGAGAUCAUGUGGGAAAAGUGUCAGCCAUCAAGAUUAACACGUCCAAACAAGGAAAGGCUGCUGCUACUUUUGUGAUGUUUCCUGUUCAGAUUAUAACCACCGUAGAUUCUCGGGUUGUUCAGCUUGAUUAUUUGGAUGGAAGACUGCUCAUAUCUUCACUUACACGCACUUAUUUGUGUGAUACUGAGAGGCAAAAGUUCUGGAAAAUUGGUAACAAAGAGAGAGAUGGAGAAUUUGGAGCAUGUUUCUUCCCUGUUGGAAAAAACAGUGGGAGUCAGCAGCCAUUGAUAUAUUGUGCUCGACCUGGCUCAAGGAUGUGGGAGGUGAACUUUGAUGGGGAAGUGCAAAGCACACAUCAGUUCAAGCAGCUGCUGUCGUCACCACCUCUCCCUGUUGUUACUCUCAGGCUGGAUCCUCAUUAUACUAAUUCCAGCUGCUCUGCACAAUCUUUAUCUUUUCCCAAGCUACUGUAUUUGACUGAGCACUGUGUGAUGACCUGGACAGAAAGAGGAAUUUAUAUUUUUCUUCCCCAAAGUGUUGAAGUCUUACUCUGGAGUGAAGUAAAAGAUAUUCAGGAUAUUGCAGUGUACAAAAGUGAGUUGUUCUGUCUGCAUACAAAUGGGAAAGUUGUGCACCUCUCCCUUCUGCCGGUAGACCGCUGCAUAGAGCGUCUGAUAAGAAGAGGCUUCUGGUCACUUGCCACCAGGGUCUGUUGUCUCUUCCAGAAUUCUGUCAUUUCUUGCAGAGCAAGAAAAAGUUUGCCUCUAGAGAAGCUGGAGCACUUGAAGUCUCAGCUGGAUGCCUCAACCCAACAAGAUCUCAUUACACAGCUGGAAGAACUGAUUUCAAAGUUGGAACCUCUAGAUUCUGCGUGCAGCAGUAGGAGGAGCAGUAUUUCAUCUCAUGAAAGUUUCAGUGUCUUAGACUCCGGAAUAUAUCGUGUUAUCAGUCGAAGAGGCAGUCAGUCAGAUGAAGAUUCAUGUUCUCUGCACAGUCAAACGUUCUCAGAAGAUGAGAGACUUAAAGAAUUUCCUGCACACCAGGAAGAUGAGCAAGUAGAACUUGACAAUGUAUCUCAUGCAUCUGUGAUGGUUGAGGCUGACCGGAAUGAGACAUUUCUCCCAUUCAGUAUUCCUUUGUCAUUUCGUUCCCCAUCUCCUCUCGUCUCUCUCCAAGCUGUCAAAGAAAGUGUUUCCAGCUUUGUACGCAAAACUACCGAGAAGAUCGGCACGCUUCAUAUAAGUCCUGAUCCUAGAGGGAGGCAAGAAGUGAAGGAUGAUGAGCAGCUGCAGGAGUUGACUUUUUUUAGCAGGAAGAGAAAGAGUGAGUUAGAACCACAGAGCUGCCAGCUUCCAGAGGAGGACCAUCUAAGACACCUCAAGGCUGCAACAGCAGAAGCUAUAGCCAAACUCCAGGAUCCCCUGGUUCUGUUAGAACCACAGUGUAUGAGGAGGGUUUUACAGGAGUGGCUUAUCUAUCUGGACGAGAAGUUUGGCAGCAAGGAGCAUUCUGCUUCCUCUGUUAAGAAAAGCCAGACUGUGUCUGCUGAAGAAGAGAGGGCAGGCCGGGAGGAAAACCUGUGGCUGGAUCCAGCUGAUGGAGACCCAGCAGACAAAGAAGAGAGUGGUAUCUUGGGAGACUGCACUGAAAAGGAAAAUACUGAUGAAACCUGUGCAAGCAAAGCCACGUGUGAAAAUGGUACUGAUUUGAAGGGACCUUUGGACUGCUGCUUUCAAGUGUCCCCUCCGUGUGUCAUCGAAGCGGCUGUUCAGAAAGACCUCGUUGAGUUGACAACACUGUGCUUUGAGCUGUGCGUGUUUUCUUGUGGAAAUGGUGAGGAGGAACGCGCUGAUGGAAGUCUGCCACUAGCAGCUUCGUGGACCUUGGCUUGCAGGUUUAUGCGAAGCUACUUCUUUCUUUUGGAUUUAAAAAGACUCAAGCAGUGUAUCAUAACCACGUACGCGACCUGCCCUGAUGUGUGGGAGACGUACAUCACGGGAUUGAAAGAACUAACUUGUCACAGUCCAGUGGCUUUAGCAAUGGAAAAUGAAGAUAUGUUGAAGAUACUGAGACAGCUGCAUGACCUGGGGCCGUGGGGUGACAGCCCGCUCUUACUGGCACAUGCUCAAAGGCUUUAUGAAAAAUUUGGGGAAACAGCUCUUCGGCCCUUGAUCAAGUUCCACCCCUCUAUUUUGCCUUCUGAUAUCAAACAGCUUUGCAGGAAUGAUCCAGCUCACUUUUUAGCAUAUUUAGAUAGUCUGGUGAAAUCCAAGCCAGAGGAUAAAAGGUCGCCUCUCCUCAGAUCUCUUCUGCAGCCCGAAUCUGUACGACUGGAUUGGUUGCGCUUGGCAGUCUCUCGUGAUGCACCACAAAGAGCCGAUACUGUGGAUGCGGAAGGAAAUCCCAGGCCACGAUCGCAUUUGUUUACGUGGGGCUACAGCCAGCUCAUUCUGCUUUUGAUUAAACUCCCGGGUGACUUUGGUACGAAAGGGAAGAUGGCUGACAUCUGUAAAUCACAUGGAUUUUGGCCUGGAUAUAUUUUUCUCUGUCUGGAGCUGGAUAGAAGAAUAGAAGCCUUUACUAAUAUUGCUCAUUUGGAUGAUUUGAGCCUGUUGAAUGGAGAAGAUGGUCCCAUUCCAGAGACCGCAGAAGAAUGGAAGUUUCUUCUGCAUCUUGCACAAAAUCACAGCACGGCUUUCCACCACCGUGGGCCGCAGAAUGGGGAUGCUGUCAGCAAUGGUAGCCCGAGCUGCCCGGACUGCGUCACUGUAGAGAACGUAGCGCUCCUACUGGCAAAGGCCGUUGGCCCAAAUCGUGCCUUGCCUCUCUUGCAGGAGUGUGGCUUGACACUAGAAUUGUCCGAGAGAUUUACUGGUGUCUGCGAGAUACUGAGAAUUGCUGAGAAAAGACAAAGAGCGCUGAUUCAGUCCAUGUUGGAAAGGUGCGACCGGUUUUUGUGGUCUCAGCAAGCAUAG